GUUGACAAUUUUAGCGCCGUUCUCGAAAGGGUCACAUUUGCAAAAAGAGCCAAUUUUUAUUGUUAAACUAAUUGUUAUUGGACGCGCAAAGACAAAGACUGCGACCAAAAACAUGCUAAGGGCAAUCGGCAAACGAGAUAUAUUCGAAGAGGUUUGGCCGAAAAAGCGAUUAAUUGUUUUAAAGCUGCUCCAACAGGAGACAGUCUCGCAGCGCGAAUGGCAGGACCUCUUCUUUGGCGUGCACUUUGUAUGCUUAUGGGACGAGAAGGGCGCCGCAAAGAUUUACGAUUGUCUGCAGCAGGACAUUGUGGAGUUCAUUGUGCAGGCGCAGAGCAAAGUGCAAUCGCAGCGAGGGGAGCAGGCGCUGUUGGCAACAUACAUUGUGGAAUGGCGUAAAUUCUUCACACAGUCCAACUACCUGCCGUUGCCCUUUCGGCAGCUGGAACAGUCACCACAAGUGAAACCUCAAUCGAGCUCCGCGACAUCGUCCACAUCUGCAUCAGCUUGUGCCGGCGCCUCAACCUCCUCAAAUGCCGCCUCAUCCAGUAAUCAGGCGUCAACAAGUAGUUCCUCAACAGCAAAAGCAUCAACGUCGUCGGCAGCAGCAGCUGCGGCGGCAUCGGGAUCAUCAAGCGCCUCCACAAGCGCCAGCACCUCUGCUGCUGGCAAUGCGUCCAGCUCGAAAAAGAGCCCCACGGAAGACAGUCCGGUGCGAAAGUUGAUGUUGGACUCGUGGAAUAAGCACAUAUUCCAUGACAUCAAAAAUCGCCUGCAAGAAUCGGCCAUGAAAAUUGUCCAUGCCGAGCGAAAUGGGGACGCCUACGAUGCCCAGCUGGUUGUGGGCGUGCGCGAGAGCUACGUCAAUUUAUCGUCAAAUGCGCAGGACAAGCUGGAAAUAUAUCGCGAGCACUUUGAGCUGGCGUACCUGAAGGCAACAGCCGAGUUCUAUCGCCUCAAAUCCGCCGAACAGCAGCAAGAAAACGGAGUGCUGGCCUACAUGAAAUAUGCAGACGCCAAACUCCAUGAGGAGGAGGUGCGUGCCAAGCGCUACCUGGAACCUAGCAGCUUUAGUGUACUAACAUACACGCUGGUUAAGGUGCUGAUAGUUGAUCAUCUGAAUAGCAUCCUUGCCGAGUGUCCGGAUCUGAUACGGGACUACGAAACAGAGCGUUUGAAUCUCAUGUUCCGGCUAAUGGAUCGUGUGCUACAUGGCGUCGGUGUCGAGGCCAUGAUGGGUGAUUUACAGCGACACAUAAUGUCGGCCGGCUUAGCCGACAUGCUCGCCGCCUCGGAGAUCAUAACACAGGACUCGGAGAAAUAUGUGGAACGUCUGCUGGAGCUGUUCAACAAAUUCAGCGACCUUGUACACAAUGCUUUCAACGAUGAUCCGCGUUUUCUCACCGCUCGCGACAUUGCCUUCAAGACAGUAGUAAACGAUACCAGCGUCUUUAAAAUGGAGCUGCCCACGAGCAUGGCCAAUCGUGGUGUCAAGUACACAGCGCCGGAAAGCAAAUGUCCCGAACUGUUGGCCAACUAUUGUGACAUGCUGCUCCGCCGCACGCCGCUCAGCAAACGUCUAACGAGCGAGCAAAUCGACGCGAGAUUACGGGACGUACUGCUCGUUCUCAAGUACGUCAACAACAAAGAUGUGUUCAUGCGCUACCACAAAGUGCAUUUAACGCGACGCUUAAUACUCGGCACGAGUGCAGACAGCGAGAAGGAGGAGGAUAUUGUGGAAUGGCUGCGUGAGGUUGGUAUGCCAGCAGACUAUGUGAAUCGCUUGGCCCGCAUGUUCCAGGACAUCAAGGUUAGCGAGGAUUUGAAUACUCAAUUUCGCAACUCAAUAAGCCGCCACGAUGCCAUCAACAUUAAAAUACUCAAUGCGGGCGCUUGGGCACGCUGUUCGGAACGUGUUUCCGUAUCGCUGCCCAUUGAACUGGAGGACUAUAUACCCGAUGUGGAGGAGUUCUAUAAGAAAAAACAUUCCGGCCGUAAACUGCAAUGGUACCAUCAUAUGAGCAAUGGCACCAUUACAUUUGUCAAUGAUUUCGGGCGCUAUGAUCUGGACGUGACCACGUUCCAAAUGGCUGUGCUCUUUGCCUGGAAUCAGCGUCAACACGAUAAAAUUUCCUAUGAGAAUUUGCGUCUGGCCACCGAAUUGCCAGAUCCGGAGCUGAGGCGCACACUCUGGUCGCUAGUCGCAUUUCCGAAAAUAAAAAAGCAAAUUCUGCUCAUGGAACCAGCUGCAAUUAGCUCUCCAAAGGACUUUGCUGAGAAUACGUUAUUUUAUAUCAAUCAGGAGUUUGCCAUUGUCAAGAAUGGUAAAUCGCAGCGUAGGGGCAAGCUUAAUCUAAUUGGCCGACUGCAGCUGAGUACCGAACGGUCCCAGCAAGAAGACAAUCAAUCCAUUGUACAGCUCCGUAUCCUGCGCACACAGGAAGCAAUCAUCAAGAUAAUGAAGGUGCGCAAGCGCAUGAACAAUGCAGCCUUGCAGGGCGAACUUAUAGAUAUACUGAAGAAUAUGUUCUUGCCGUCGAAAAAAAUGAUCAAGGAACAAUUGGAGUGGCUCAUUGAACACAAGUAUAUGCGGCGCGAUGAUGAUGAUAUAAAUAUGUUUAUCUAUGUAGCCUAACUGCCAGUUGGACGCCUUUAAACUCGCUUCGGCCAUUUCCAUUCCCACUCAAAAUCGCAAGGCUUUCACACUCUCUUACUCUCCCCCCUUUUUUUAAGUGUUUUUUGCAUUGUAUUAUACAGAAUCGCAUUAGGAAUUAUAAUUUUAUAACCUUAAUAACUUAUUAUUGUUCUGCUAUUUGUUUUGGGUUGCCCUUUUGCGGCCCAAACCCCAUCAGAUUAUUGGCAGCUCUUUUAUGUGGUAGUUAAUAUUUUAUGUGUCUGGUGUAUUAUUUGUACAUUUUUUCCGAAAAAAAAAACAAAAAUUAAGAAGAUAGAUAUCCUAUUUAAUCAGCCGUGCGCUCAACGCCUAUGUAAAACUUGCUGUUUUCUAUAUAUGUAUAUGUUUGUAGCUUUUGUUUACGUUGUGUUAUUGGUUAAGUACUAUAUGUAAUGUUUUUUGGGACGCGCCCAGGGGAUUGAGAAAUUCGUGUAGUUAACUCGUUUAAGCCAGUUCCAUGUUAGCGACUCUUUGAACACUCAACAACAAUCCCAACACAUACACACAAACACACACUCGAGUACAUUAUACAAAACCCGAUAGCAAUAUUUUAAGUCUAAGAUAAUAAAUUACAAAUUUAUGAUGG